GGAGGAGGAGGAGGGUGGAGAGGUGGUGGUGUUGUUGGGGGAGGAGGAUCAGGAAACCAUCAGAGAGUCCUUUCUCAGGCUACUCUGGAUGUGUUGUGUCCGUACAAAGGAUGGACACUCUACUUCACAGAAGGCUUCAUAGAGAGCUCACCGAGUGUGGAGAAGAUCAAAGUGUUUGAGAAAUAUUUUACUUCCAAGAUCCACCUGUAUGACAAGGAUGAGAUUGAGCGCCAGGGCAGUGUUCUGGUGGAUUAUGCAGACCUGACUGGAGACAAAACUGUGCGACAAGCCCUUCCUGAUCUGACCACACAGCUGAAGGAGCAGCCAGAGGUGAUACUCAACUGUCUGGGAGUGGCUAUUCACCAGGUGUUAACUAUAGAUUUAGAGAAACAGGCUGCUGAGCUGGAAGGAGAAGAACUUCCUGUCACUACACCAAUCAUCAACAUCCCUCACAUUAGUGCAAGGCUGUACAACUACGAACCGUUGACUCCACUGCGGACGUUGCGUGCCAGUGUGUUUGGGCGGCUGGUGUGUGUGAGGGGAACAGUGGUCAGAGUAAGCAAUAUCAGACCUCUGUGCACCAGGAUGGCCUUCAGGUGCCUGGUCUGCUCGCGCACACUGUCUCUGCCACUGCAUCAUGGGAAAUACGCUACUCCCACCAAGUGUAUCCAGCCUGACUGUCGCAGUCAUUCCUUCACCCCCAUCCGGAGUUCUCCUCUUACUCACACUGUAGACUGGCAGAUCAUCAAGGUGCAGGAGUUGAUGGGCGGGGAGCAGAGGGAGACUGGACGGAUCCCGCGCACCGUGGAAUGUCACCUGACCUCUGACCUCUGUGACAGCUGCGUCCCCGGAGACACAGUUACUGUGACAGGGAUAGUUAGAGUUACCAACGAUGGUACUUCCCGGGGCCACAAGGAUCAGUGUAUGUUCCUCCUCUACCUUGAAGCCACUUCAGUCAGUAAUACUAAAGGUCAGCAGUCAAAGUCAGGUCAGGGGUCAAGAGGGUCACUUGAAGAUCGCUCUGGAGGGGAGGAGUUCAGCCUGAAGGAGCUGUAUGCCAUCCAGGAGAUCCAGUCACAGCCUAACCUGCUGAGACUUAUAGUACACUCUCUGUGUCCUGUCAUCUAUGGCCACCUGGUGGUGAAGGCUGCUCUAGCCUUGGUGUUGUUCGGAGGCAGACAGAAACACACAGGCAAGAACAGCGUCCCAGUUAGAGGAGACCCACACAUCCUGAUGGUGGGAGACCCUGGACUGGGAAAGAGUCAGAUGUUACAGGCAGUGUGUAAUGUGGCUCCCAGAGGAAUCUAUGUAUGUGGCAACAGCACAAGCACUGCAGGACUGACUGUGAGUUUAUCCCGAGAUGCAGGAACAGGGGAUUAUGCUCUAGAGGCCGGAGCCUUGGUGCUGGCUGACCAAGGCCUUUGCUGCAUUGAUGAGUUUGAUAAGUUGGGUAACCAACAGCAGGCUCUGCUAGAAGCCAUGGAGCAGCAGUCUGUGAGUCUGGCUAAGGCUGGAAUAGUUUCCUCUCUUCCUGCCAGAACGUCAGUUCUAGCUGCUGCGAACCCUGUUGGUGGUCAUUACAACAGAAGCAAGACCGUCUCUGAAAAUCUGAAAAUGGGCUCACCUCUUCUUUCUCGAUUCGACGUCAUCUUCCUCCUUCUGGACAUCCCAGAUGAGUCACAUGACCGCCGCCUGUCAGAACACGUUAUGGCAAACAGGGCAGGAAGAGGCAAAACCAGCAGCGCCAUAGUCACCAGGACUAACAGUGAGUCAGAGACCUCCAUCCUACUACAGCACUCAGACAUGCCGCUGUCUGAACGUUUGCAGGUCCCAGCAGGCGAAACUGUAGACCCCAUUCCAGCAUGUUUGUUGAGGAAGUAUAUCAGCUACGCUCGACAGUAUGUCCAGCCCUCGAUCUCUCCUGAAGCAGCACAGACAAUUCAGGACUUUUACCUGUCACUGAGAUCUCAGGCACACACUGCUGAUUCCACACCGAUCACCACACGACAACUUGAGUCUUUAAUUAGACUAACUGAGGCAAGAGCCAGAUUGGAGCUCAGAGAGACUGCUACCAAGAGUGAUGCUGAGGAUGUGGUGGAGAUCAUGAAACACAGUCUGGCUGACACAUACUCAGAUGGUCUGGGCAAUCUGGACUUUGAGCGCUCUCAGCUUGGGUCAGGAAUGAGUCAGCGCAGUGCUGGAAAACGACUAAUCAACGCACUGCACUUGCAUGCCCAGAGGACCACUCAGAAUCAGUUUGACCUACAAAUGCUUCGAUCUAUGGCUGACAGACUAAACAUCAAGGUGGUGGAUUUUGAACAGCUGGUGAGUUCCUUGAAUGAACAGGGUUUCCUGUUGAAGAAAGGACCCAAGCUGUACCAGCUGCAGACUGUCUGAUCACUGACAACUGCUGAGUAUACCCCUGCUCCUUUCUGCCUCACUACUAGGUCAGUGUGUGGGAUAAUUGAACAGGGUCUCUCUGUAUUGAAAAGAAACCAUCUGUCCUGACCGCUUUCACAAAACCACCAACCACUACUGUUGAACCCUUUGAAGAGACUGUAAGAACAACUGACAAAGACAGGACAGAUCACCUAACUACGAAAAUCUCACAGAGAGCAUCUCACUGCGGCCUUACAGCAUCUACAGUUUCCUAAGUGUGCACAAAUCUGCUAAAGAGUAGGAACUAAGCUCAGCUGACUCUAGUACACACACAUCUCUGCUGAAAUAGUCUGCAUUUAUUUACACAGAAAAAGCUUCAAACUGAACAUGGUAAUAUUGACUAUACUUGUUAUUUGGCUGUACUUGCAUCAGUUAAGUGGGACUUCAGACAUGAUUCAAGACUUCAAGCAAAUGUGAUUUAAUACCCCACCUCUUCAUUGGUAUGAUGUGUCGCAGAUACUAAUAUCUUAAUAAAGAUAUCAAAACUUUUCAGAAUUUGCACAGCACUCAGCAAUAGCAGUGGCACCAUGCUGUUGACGCAAUGAACAUUCAUCCACUGGGGUUGUCACUCAUCCAACUAAAAUAUUGAACAAUUAUACACUAAAUCCACGUGUUAUAAGUAUCCAAAAUUGCAGCUCAUUUAAACAUUUUCAAUCCACAACUAAAGCAGAAGGUUUGGAUUGGAUUAAACCUUUGGUACAGUGCUGAUGUUACCUCCCUUACCCAUACUGACUGUAUUGAAGAUCCGUUCUGAUGUUGUAUUAAGCUGGCAAUAUAUUUUUAUAAUUUUCUCAAGUAUUGACUUUAUAAUCUGCAUCUGAAAUCCAGUGUUGGUUGGGCUAUAGUAUGUUGAUCUAAAAUCCAGCAAGUGUGCAGCAUUUCGUCUUAAUGCUUUGCAUUGAUCUGUAUGGUCUACGUUGUUUCUUUUUGUACUGUAUGCACUUUAUUAGUUAACAUUAAACAGUUAAUAAAUCAUUUUAUUCCCCUAUGUAUUUCAGCACGUUGUUGUUUGUACACAGUUAAAUGGUUGACAGUGAUUUUAAA